AUGUUGGGUUUGGAGCAAGAUCUACUUAUCUACUUAAAUAUCGUAAUCCCAUCUGAGGCUACUAACGGACGUCAGAUCACGGAACACAUUGAUUUGAUUGAUCGAAAACCUCAGGUAAAAGCUUCCGGAUGGAUGAAUGUGUUAGCCUCAGAUAUUCAAAUGAACGUUUCCGCUAAAGCGAUAGCCUUUGAUGAUCGACCUCAAAUCGAAGUCGGGGAGUGCGAAGCCAACGCAUGUGAAGUUGCCCAGUCCAUUCUGCUUACCAACUUCAACAACUUCUUACUUUCUCUACAGCUACAUCUGCCAGUGGGUCAAGAUUUUUAUGUCGACUACGCUGUGGAGAAAAACCCUAAUUUUACGAGCAAAUAUGUCGAAGCUGAAGCUGCGGCCGAGAUAUUAUACGAAGACCACUCGUGUCAUCCAGAAAAAAUUGAAGGAUGGACAGAAGCUGGACUGAUACCGAAAAUGGCAGUUACAUGGAUGAGGGAAAGCGUUUCAAAUUGUCUUCUCAAAAGUGCACAUGAAGGAAAGCUUGUCAAGUUUACUGUCACCAAGGAUUUACCUACAAUCGGUCCGCGUUUGAAGACAAGCUAUUCGAUUUUCUCUAUCUGCAUCGGCCGAUUUUUCAAGAAACUCCGAACGGAUUAUCCGGACCAAUAUGUUGACCUGCACUUUCACACAUACGAAGUUCUUUUUGUACAAAUGCAAGGUGAUGAUGUAAAAAUCAACGUCACUUUUGCUGUGGACUUCUACAUCAAUCCGAUGAAGCAACACCUCAAGCCUUUGGCUAGACUAAUCCUUUCGUCAUCAUCCACAGUAAUCCCAGAGAUUAUUCGAAAGAAAUUCUCUGGCAAUUUGACUGAAACUACUGACGAUAUUCGAGAAGAUUUUUCUGAGAUUGGUGAAAUUCCUGAAACGUUUUUGGACCUUUUCAAGAAGUUAUUCACAAUGACAAGUCGAGUCAUCGUCGAGUCCAUAUUGCAUAAAGGAGUUCCAAUCCCAGUAUUUGACAAUGUAACGAUAUCAGGAUCAUCCGAGAUUCGUGUCUUCAACAAGUAUAUCCGUUUAAAUGCUGAUUUUGAGUUUGAAUAA